UAUAACCGAGUCACAUUUCCAUUUCAGGUUUCAGUCGCUUUAGUGAAACCAAAGUGUCAUUUAUGCAUAUAAAUACAUCACUUUCUCCUGGAGUAAAAUAUGUAUUCCGUCACAAUAAUAUUCCUGCUCGUUACGCUUUUGGCUAAUUCAACUGCAGAUGACGGAUCAAUUUCGACCUCUAAUUACGUCUACAUCGGGCAACCUGAUAGUGAAAGAAAAUUGUUUUUUGCCUCUAUAUCAGAGCUCCCUUGGUUUGAUGGUAUGGAUAACUGCAACGUGCAUGGCUUUAUUCCUGGCCGAAUUUCGGAUGAAAUGCAACACUCAUUUAUUAAAAAUUUUCUUCAAACGACCACCUUGUUUCCGCAAGGACCUGGAUCCCUCUGGCUUCCCGCUACCGAUCACAUAGAAGAAGGAACGUUCCGAUGGUUGGAGAAUUACGGGGAAGUCAACGUCGGUACUAGGAGUGAGGGAAUGCCAUCCGGAAAUCGUAGCGCCAAUUGUCUCUUAAUAAACCAAGAUGGGUUAUACCGCGAAGAUUCAUGUCAUGCAUAUGUGCCUCACCAUGUCCUUUGUGAAGUCCCCUUGCUAAAAUAUGCACGGCCAGAAGCGGAUAAAACCUACUAUAGCAAAUUAGGUGAUAAACUUGCUGGAGUUGGAGGACCAAGUUCAAUAAUUCCUACAGAUCAAUCUCUCGUAAAGAUAGGACGAGUUGGAAAUAUACGAUAUUUUGUGGAUGAAGAUCCCUCCGAUACGAAAGGAUGGCUAGAAAACUGGGAUUUGUGCCAUGAAAACGCAAUGCGAUUGGCGGCACCAGAAUCCAUGGAGGAAUAUUAUUUCCUAAGGAAUUACUCCAUGCGGGAAGAAAUGGCAGGUCGCUGGAACCUGUUUCACAUCGGUGCGAGUGAUAUUCUUUCCGUGUCAUGCGGCAAGGGGAACACCUACCCGAGGUGGGUCCAUAAUGGCAACGCGGUCACCAGUGAUCCCAACUUAGUCGAUGCAGGACACAGCCAUCGUUUCAGGUAUGCCUACCUAAGUUCUGACGGCUUGAGUGCAUCUGAUUGCAUUGGCUCAGUUUUUCGGGUUAUGUGCGAAUUAGAAGAACAUUCCGUCAUCACAACUCCUGGGACGGGAACGACGCAAGAAGGAGAUGUUUGCCGGCCAGGAGACUAUUACGCGCCUCACCAAGAUUGUCAAUUUUACUGGAUUUGCAAUCCAGGAAACCCGGUUUUAAGGCAGUGCCCAGCUCAGCUGUAUUGGAAUCAAGAGCUAAUGGCGUGUGACUAUAUGUCAAAUGUAACAGAGUGUGUUGGUGGAACUAGACCACCAAAUAUUUGAGAAGUCUUAACCAGGUGAAUGCAAUGUAUUUUAAGCAAACUUCAAAAUUUCUUGUUAAAAUGAAAAUAAAUAAAUGUGUAAAUGAUUAGUGUAUCGUUAAUUACGAAAGUAAACA